AUGCCUACAAAAGCCAAGCCACCUGUACAACUGCCGCGGCCUGCUUCGCACACCGCAUCCCCGCCUCGUAGUGAUCCACCCUCCUGCCUGGUCGAAGCUGCCGGUUGCGCUCCUCCACACGACUUUAAGGCCGAACUGCUCUCGUCACUCCGGGCUAAAGUGGAGCAUCUGUCAACUGAACUGAUAAGACUGGACAAUAAAUGCGAGGAUUUGGAGGCGAGAUCGCGGCGCAAUAACAUACGGUUAGUGGGAAUUCCCGAAGAUUUUUCCACCUCUGCUGCUACGGAUAUUUCCUCUCUGCUCAAGAAGGCUUUUAAGCUGGAGAAGGAGCCUCUCAUGGACCGCGCACAUCGUACUCUCCAGCCGAAGCCCGGAGAGCGCCCUCGCCAAAAAAUCGCUCGUCUACACUAUCAUACAGACUGUGUGGACAUAUUGCGCCGAGCCAGGGCCAAGCAACGGAUCAAGAUUGGAGAGUUGAGUUUCUCCGUCUUUCCCGACCAUACCCCGACUCGUGCCCGAGCCGCCUUUAAUGAUGUCCGACGCCAGCUCCGCAAAAUACCGGGGAUCCGCUAUGGUCUGCUCUACCCGGCGCGCCUCCGGAUCACUCACAACGGUGCGGAGAGGAGGCUGGAUGACAGGGAACUGAAGUUUGCCAGGAUAGUAAUGUUUACAGUGGAGGAGAUCAACAGAGAUACUAAGCUCCUUCCUGGAUUGAGUCUGGGCUACAGGCUGUACAGUGGCUGUGGGGAUGAGAACCUGCUUCGAGCAGCAGUGGAAGCCGUAAACGGAGAGGACUCAAAGGGCUGCGCUGAUCAGAUACAGGCUCUCCUGGGCCAUUCCGACUCCGGAGUGAGUAAAGAUAUAAACAUCAUACUCAGCCCGCUAUCCAUUCCACAGGUGAGCCAUUUCUCCACUUGUGCUUGCUUGAGUGACAAAAGGAAGUUCCCCACAUUCUUCAGAACUGUGCCCAGUGACCGCUUCCAAGUCAUCGGUCUGGUGCAGCUCAUGAAAUACUUUGACUGGCGCUGGGUGGGGAUUAUUUAUUCUCAGGGCUUGUACUCAGACGCAGGUACAACGGCAUUUGCAAAGGAAGCAGAAAAAGAGGGCAUAUGUGUUGAAUACCGGUUACCUCACUCAGCUACAAAUGUAAAAUUUCCUGCUCUUGUGGAGGCUCUGAGGAAAUCCUCGUCCAAGGUGGUCCUCUUGUUUAUGCCCUUACCCCCCACCAAAUCGUUCUUUUCAGAAAUAGAGAAGUAUAACAUUACUGGAAAGCAAUGGGUAGGCAGUGAGGCUUGGAUCACUGAAACAGACCUGGCUUCUGAUGGGAGAAAGAGCCUUUUGCAGGGGACGAUGGGUUUUGCUCUCCCUCAGGCCCCCAUCCCAGGUCUUGGUGAAUUCUUACUCAGCUUUAAGCCCUCUGACGAACCACAGAGUGCUAUAGUUAAAGAUUUCUGGGAGUCAUUCUUUGACUGCAGCUUCUCUCUUUCAAAUACUUCUGCUACUUGUACUGGCACAGAAGAUCUCAGCACAGUCUCCAGUGACUACACAGACGUGACACAUUUUAGGGCAGAGAAUAAUUUGUACAAAGCUGUCUACUUGGUGGCAUAUGCUAUUCACGCACUACUGCAAUGUCACAACGGCUCAAAUCCAACCACUGGAAAUUCCUGCGUGACUAAAGACCAAGUGUUGGAGCACAUUAAGUACGUGAACUUCACCACACAGAGUGGGGCAAAAGUUUUCUUUGAUGAAAAUGGCGACUCAGUUGCCCAGUAUGACUUAAUUAACUGGCAAAUAAAAGAUGACGACUCUGUUGAGAUCGUAAACAUCGGUCGAUUCGACACAUCUCUCCCAGUUGGGGAGAAAUUCAAACUGAAAGCCAACACCAGGAUAGUUUGGGGAGGAAACAGUAUGCAGGUGCCGAGGUCUGUUUGCAGAGAACCGUGUCUCCCAGGGACUCGAAAGGCGAUAAACAAGCAUAAACCUGUGUGCUGCUUCGACUGCUUUGUGUGCCCCGAGGGAUCAAUUAGUAAUGAGACAAAUUCUCCCGACUGUUUGAUCUGUCCACCUGAACUUUGGCCGAAUGAAAAGAAAGACCAGUGUCUCCCGAAGCCGACUGAGUACCUCUCCUACAAAGAGAUCAUGGGGGCACUUUUAACUGGAUUUGGUUGUGUGGGCAUAUUUUUAUCUCUACUGACAUCAAUCAUUUUUCUGACUCAUAAAGAGACUCCCAUUGUUAAAGCCAACAACUCUGAGCUGAGCUUCCUGCUGCUCUUCUCCCUGACUCUGUGCUUCCUGUGCUCCCUCACCUUCAUCGGCCGGCCCUCUGAGUGGUCCUGCAUGCUGCGACACACUGCGUUUGGCAUCACCUUCGUCCUCUGCAUCUCUUGUGUCCUGGGGAAAACUAUAGUGGUGUUAAUGGCCUUCAGGGCGACACUUCCAGGCAGAAAUAUGAUGAAAUGGUUCGGUCCUUCACAGCAGAGGCUCAGUGUUCUGAGUUUCACCCUGGUUCAGGUUGUAAUUUGUGUAGUUUGGCUCACAACCAACCCUCCAUUCCCAAGGAUGAACAUGAAAUACUAUAAAGAUAAGAUCAUCUUAGAGUGCGCUCUGGGGUCAGCUGUCGGGUUCUGGGCUGUGCUGGGUUACAUCGGACUUCUUGCUCUCUUGUGUUUCAUUCUUGCUUUUUUUGCCAGGAAGCUGCCAGACAGCUUUAAUGAGGCCAAACUGAUCACCUUCAGCAUGUUGAUAUUCUGUGCAGUCUGGAUCACAUUCAUCCCGGCAUAUGUCAGCUCUCCUGGGAAGUUCACUGUGGCUGUGGAGAUAUUUGCUAUUCUGGCCUCCAGCUUUGCCUUGCUGAUAUGCAUUUUUGUUCCAAAAUGCUACAUUAUCCUAUUCAGGCCAGAACAAAACUCAAAGAGACAUUUGAUGGGAAAAAUAGCACCGAGGACACAUUGA